CUCACUAUCUGAGUAUUUGGUAAAGUUCUCUUCUUUCCUUUUUAAUUUUUAAUUUCCUUUCCUUUUCAUGGUUUUACUAUUAUUCAUCAUCAUAUUUUCUAUUGUUUCACGCUAUCAAAUUGAAUUACUGUUAAUUGGGUGCUUCAUUUUUUUUUUGUAACUAAUCAGAUUUUAUUGUUUUUGAAAGACACGUAUAUCAAUGUACUUGGGUUUUAUCUGUUAAAUUGUUCAAACCCAAAAAAAGGGUAUUUAUCAAUUUUUUCUGAGUACUUGAUAGGAAUAUACUCCAAGCUUCUUUAAUUUGUUCUUUGAUUUCUGGGUUUGUAACUAAAAAUGUAUGAGAUAAUCAUUCAAUUGGAAUAAAAAGAUUUGUGCUUUUCCCUUAUCUAGUUCUUUAACUAAGCCUUAAACCCUAAACCCUAAAAUUGCAGCCAUGGCAUUUGAAGAUGGGUUUGCAGCAGAGAGGAUUUUCAAUCGAGGGUAUUCAUAUACUUAUGAUGAUGUUAUCUUUCUUCCCCAUUACAUAGAUUUUCCAACUGAUGCAGUUCAACUUCCAACCAAGCUCACAAAAAACAUAUCUCUUUCAAUACCCUGUGUAUCUUCACCAAUGGAUACUGUUACUGAGUCUUACAUGGCUGUAGCCAUGGCUUCCCUAGGUGGGAUUGGGAUUUUACACUCUAAUAACACCCCUCAGGAGCAAUUUUCUCUCCUUCAAUCAGCCAAAUCGCGUCGCAUCCCUUUUGUUUCAGAUUUCGAGAUUAAAUCCCCUGCGGAUGUGAUUGAUUCCGAGUCUGAUUUUGGUUCCUCGAGUGUGAUUUUAAUUACUGAGACAGGUAGCAGGAAGUCUAGAGUGUUAGGAUUUGUGUUGAAAUCUGAUUGGGUGAAGUUGAUGAAAAAGGAGAUUAGGGUUUGUGAGUACAUGUCCAAAUUGGAUGUUUCGGUGCCCAAUAGUUACGAUUUGGAUCAAAUUGCGGGGUUUUUGGGGGAGAAAGGCGUUCAAUUGGUUCCGAUUGUGAGAGAGAGUGACGGAGAAGUCGUAGAUUUGGUGACAUUGCAGGAUAUAGAGAGAAUUCAGGAUUUUCCCAAGAAGGGUUUGCCGUCAUUAGCGUCUAACGGGGACUUUUUGGUGGGUGCUGCAAUAGGGACUAGAGAAUCGGAUAAAGAGAGGUUGGAGUAUUUAGUUAAGGGUGGGGCUGAUGUUGUGGUUUUGGAUAGUUCUCAAGGAAAUUCUAUUUAUCAGAUUGAUAUGAUCAAGUAUAUUAAGAAGACUUACCCGAGUUUGGAUGUCAUUGGAGGGAAUGUAGUGACUAAAUAUCAAGCUCAGAACUUGAUUCAAGCGGGAGUUGAUGGACUUCGAGUUGGUAUGGGAUCUGGGUCAAUAUGUACCACUCAAGAAGUGUGCGCCGUGGGCAGAGGACAGGCUACUGCAGUAUACAAGGUUGCCUCUAUUGCUUCACAAAGUGGUGUUCCCAUCAUUGCUGAUGGUGGUAUAUCAAACUCCGGACACAUUGUUAAGGCCUUGGUUCUGGGGGCAUCUACUGUGAUGAUGGGUAGCUUUCUGGCUGGUAGUAUUGAAGCUCCUGGCGGUUAUGUUGUUCAGGAUGGUCGUCGUGUUAAGAAGUAUCGAGGCAUGGGUUCAUUGGAAGCAAUGACAAAAGGAAGUGAUCAACGAUAUCUUGGGGACAAGUCUAAACUUAAAAUUGCACAAGGUGUGGUUGGAGCUGUUGCAGAUAAGGGCUCAGUUUUAAAGUUUGUGCCUUACACAAUGCAUGCAGUUAAACAAGGGUUCCAAGAUCUUGGUGCGUCUUCUGUUGAGUCAGCGCACGAUUUAUUGAGAUCAGAAGUAUUAAGAUUAGAGGCUCGAACUGGUGCGGCUCAAGUAGAAGGUGGUGUGCAUGGUUUGGUAUCUUAUGAGAAGAAGGCAUUUUAAUGCUUACAGGAUCUAAUGGAGCAGUAGGCAGAGGCGUAGAGCCGUGCCUUGAUAUAUGGUUUGGUAUCUUGCGUAGAGGCGUAAAUCAAGUGUUGUGAUUUUUUAUUUAAAACUUAUCUUGGUUUGAAUCAAAUUUGAUAUUUCGACUAUAACAUAAGAUCUAGAAUUUAAUUUAGUCUACGAAGUUCAAGUUUUAGAUAACAAUAGGCUCUAGUUCUAUUUUUUUUUUACGUUUGUCAAUACGUUAAUUCAUUCCUAAUAUCUCUAA